AUUAACGAAAGUACGACAUACUACCCACCCUCUCAGUGCAAUCUCCUCUCCCUCACUGUGGGCGCUGCUCUGUCAAGAUUGGGUCCUCCGGAGACACCCUACGUAAUUGUCCAAGUGAGCCUAAUGUCUCCAAACACUGCCAAGGAGGAGAAAUUGGUUACUGGCGAACGCUCAUCCUCUCCUUCUACUUCUUCCACUGACUCGGACACAAAGUUUGACCAGCUUAACUUUGCAAUCAGCUUCGGCCAAGCGCUCGAAAUCCCCUCAGACAACUGGGAGUUGGCGUGGUCACGAAGCAGUAGUCUCUCGGAGAAUCCUUCAUCCUCUCCUUGGGGCCUCCCCUCCUCCAAUUACACGGUCUCCACUUCUACCCCUGUAACCACAUUCUCAGGACCUGUGUUCAAAAAGAAUAUCAACUCUACCUUCGCUCGCCAAAUAACUGAAGUUUUUCGAAUGGUAGAUCCAGCGCAAAACAAUCUCGUCAUCCUACAGCCUUCGACCAUGAGUCUCGCACUGACCGCCAUUCGACAGAGGUGGAUCGACUACGCGCGUACUCUCUAUGCUUUUCAGACUUGUUGCAAGGUAUCCUCCAGCGUUGAAGAGUCCACGAAAAAGUAUUUUCAACUGCUAGCUUCCACUUGUGGUAUAACAUCGGAUGACGAAGCCGUCGUACUCUACUGGCAGAGGGCGUUGAGCGGACGCACUCGGCAGGAUGUGUGCCAUCCGUGCUCUUCAAACCUCGGCGCAGCCAAAAGCUUGACUUGA